AUGGCGGCGACAGGUCCUGGCAGAUCUGCGAAGGCGAGAGGUGGCACUUACAAGGGCCUAACGCUAAUUAGCGUUGUCCCAGUAGGCUUAUUCGAUGCCUUCCCGCGUCGUCAUCCGGGCAUGAUGGUCUGGGAAACUAUCAUUACGGGUUUUCGAGGGGGGUUCGUACUGCCUAAGGAGGAGCGAGAGAUAUGUGUGGGCGAUCCCGAACUUGGGUUUGAGGUUGGGAUGGGAAACGAACCAUUCAAGGCAGAGAAGGAGAGGAGGAGGGAAAAUGAAGAGUGGCGAAUCUCUCGGUGCUGGGAAGUCCUCUCCGCCCUUGGGGGAGGAACAGACUGUGCUGGAUUGGCAAUUGAUGUGGCUGGUGUCUUUGACGAUGCCCAGCUCGACGACGCCAAUGCGCACUUGAGAAGCUCCUCAGACCAUGCUAGGUCGCUGCCGUCCACCUUGUCCACAUCCUCCAAGACGAAGCGAGCCGGAAAGCUGGAUGAUUCCGACCUCACUCCCUUCUUCCUUCUAUGGUUUCCGAAUUUCCUUGUCGCCUUGCAUCCAUUCGAUUUUUCCCUGACUGACCUCCUUCGUUUCUUAGGUUCUGUAUCCACAACACCAGUGCAAUCGCCAGCCGGUGAUCGCACCGUCUUUCCCCGCCACCAUGACCCGCACAACUUCCUUCGUGCACCUGCUAGCGAAGGAGAUACCACCAGUACAGCUCGUGGAAACAUCACCUCUUCGCCAGUGGCGGCAGGCAAACCUCAUACAGCAAUCGUCUAAUCGGCAGCGCCCAGCUGUGUGGUUGUUUGGUCGUUCUCUCCCACCGAAACUCACUCAAAGAUCUUUGCGAUGAAGCCCGUGAAUUAACUCUUUGCGCAUCCUUUGAAUCUCAACACCUCGCCACUUUCUCUAUAUCGAAUGCAUGGUGACGAAAGCGGCUAUUGGGGGUCGUUUCCAUCUCUGGCGGCAGCGGGAAGUCGGGUAGGCGAUGUCCCAGUGGUUGAGCGACCCAGAGGGGUAACAUUGGGCGACUUGUGAUGAAACCCCACUUGACGUGGGAGGUUCGGCUGCGGGUUUAAACCAUGGGUACUUCGAGGUUGAAAGGGCACUCGUACCCCAUCGACA